CAGAACGAGACAUUUUCUUGUAGUGCCCCAUGUGGCAGUAUUUAGCUAACACUUUUGGAUACUUGCACGACGACGCCAUGUACGCUGAUGACUCAGACUACGAUGAGGUGGAAGGUGCUGGUGCGUCACGGGGCAGUGAUGACGUCAAGAUCAACAUAGGAGAGCACCUGAGUGUGGGCGAGCACGCCUUCAGUAACAUGGAGGACGACAUAGACAGGCAGCGCCUGCUAGGGGCGGCGCCCUUUGAUGCUUCGUCUGCUGCCAUCACCACCAACCUACAGAAGCAGCAGCGGUUCGAGCGCUUGCUACGCCGCAGCAAGACGGAGGACCUGCGAGAAAUAUCAGGCAUCGGCUGCCUCUACCACUGCGGCCACGACAAGCUCGGCCGUCCCGUCAUCGUCUUCAUCGGAAAAUGGUUUAAGUACAACGAAAUCAACCUCGAGAAGGCUGUGCUGUACCUGCUACGUGUACUGGAGCCCGUAGCGCACUCAGACUACGUCAUCAUUUACUUCCACACGCUCACCUCUCCUGAGAACCAUCCUGCUCUCACAUGGAUCAGACAAGUCUACGAUGUGCUGCUAUAUAAGCACAAGAAGCACCUGAAGGCGUUCUACAUCGUGCACCCCACCCUCUGGACCAAGAUCAUGACGUGGUGGUUCACCACCUUCAUGGCGCCUCAGAUCAAGCACAAGGUGUUCUCCGUGACCGGCGUCGAAUAUCUCUACGACACCAUCAGCUAG